AUGGCAACUUCAAACAUUCCAACAAGCCGGCAGGACCCUGGCCAGGGAUCACAUCUGGACCCUCACUGUCUUCUUCAGAAUGGCCUCCUUUCUUCGCAGAGGAGGCCUUCCGCUUCUUCCUCCUCCAGCGAUGCCGCCAUGAAACGGAUGAGAGAACUCACCAAUCGUCCGAAAGCCACCUCCACCGUAUCGCGCGAUACUCACAGUUCGAAUAGCACUCAAACAGAGAACAGGAUUGCCCAGAAAGCAGUUCGAACACUUCCGCCGUGGAUAGCUUCAUAUGAGGAUGGGGAUGAGCCAUUGAUAAUCCCAAAACCCACCACCCGACUACUUCCUCAACCCCCAAGAGCCCAUAAUGCGCAACACAAUAACACACCAUCCCAGCCCACCAGACGAAUAUCGCAGGAUGGGUUUGUGGACGAUUAUGAGGAACAAUCCACCAGGCUGAACGAUAAGCCGGAAACUAGUGGUUUCUUUGGUUCUCGGGAACCAGUCAAAGGCCGCAAAUGGGAUUUUGCAAGAGAUAGCGAGCCGGUCAUAAUGCAAUCGGGUGUAUUGCCCACAUCUUCUCAAUGGCGGACAUAUGUUAAGUCAACAAUGUAUGGACCUGGGGCUAUGGAAGAUGGUAGGAUUGUCAGUGAGGAGACUCUCCGGACACAAACACCAGGCUAUCAGCAGCCGUGGCGCGGGGAUUUGGACGGCGGCAAUGACCUUGAAAAGGGUUCUAGCUAUCUACAUAGUAAGAAGAAGCGGCGUUCCUUAUUAAAGCGCUGGCAGAAUAUCAUCCUUCUGCACCCGCUGGUGCCCUUGUUGUUUCGAUUGAUUGUGAUCACAACAUCUAUAGUCGCAUUGGGGCUUUCUAGUUCAGUACAUUACCUCUCUGAUAAAUAUCGCUAUCCCCAAAACCCCUCUACAACGAUGGCUGUAGUCGUGGAUGUAGUGGCUAUACCAUACAUUCUCUAUAUCACGUGGGAUGAGUACACAGGAAAGCCUUUAGGUUUACGCUCACCAAAAGCCAAGAUCCGCCUGGUACUCCUUGAUUUAUUCUUUAUUAUUUUCGAAUCUGCAAACCUGGCGCUUGCGUUUGGUGCCUUAACGGAUCAAGAUGGAAGUUGUCUUGUGGGCAACAACAGCCGGAAUCCCGAUAUCUGCAGGAGAGUCAAGGCUCUGUGUGCAAUUCUGAUGAUUGCUCUGAUUGCUUGGAGUUUGACAUUUGCGGUCAGCAUCUUUAGACUCGUCGAGCGUGUUGGCGGCAGAGAGGACGUGGAUUGA